AUGCCGUUCUUCUCAAAGGUUUUCAAGAGCAAGGACGUUGCGGCGAAGAAGGCCGCUGCACCUGUGGCAAACGGGGAUGCACCCAAGAAAAUACAAUGGUCCGAUGCAUGGCUGCGAACGAGAGUCGAUCCAGAAGAGGUCUCCGAGCUGUUACAUAUGUGCACCGCCGAAUUGAAGUCUAGAGCACUCGAUGUCCCGUUCCUACUUCUCCCCUUCCGUCCCUCCUCGGACCCGUCCGCGGCCAGGACAUUCGUGCGCAACUUCUUUCUUCCACCUCAGGAGCGGGAGCCAUUGCGGGGGUCGCUCUUGGACAAAGAACUGCGAAUGACAGAGGUCAUGGUGCUGAUCAGUGUCAUGAAAUGGUGCUGGGCUCGAUUGCCUGGCGGUGUUGUGACGUGGGAGGUCUACGAAGGUUUCCGAGUCGGCGAGAGAGACUCUCGAUUUGCCCACGAUGCGUUUAGCACGUUCGUUCCACUCGGCGUAGAUUCCCCUGCACGGGUUCAAAUCAUUCAGGACUUUCUCGACCUGCUGGCUGCCGUCGCCGCGCAUGGCAAAGUCAAUGGUCUUGGAGGCCACAAACUCUCUCGGUAUGCCGGGUGGUGGGCUUUCGAACAUUACGACACUGGGAAGGGGUUCGAGUCGGGAUACCAGUCAUGGGUCACUGCUGCCGACGCAACUUCACAUCUCUUCUUUGCCUACCUUCGCUCGCUGUCUCCCAGUACAAGCAAGACUAGUGGCAUCCUUGGUCUUCCACGGUCCCUUCAACAGCUGCUAGAUGCCACCGAGUACCCCCCUACGCAUGCUUUACUCUCCAAUGAGGCGACAAAAGUGGUCAUGAUUGUGGACACUGUUUCGCCCACUCCCUAUGCACUAUUGCGGCGAGCCAAGAACUUCGAAUACCGAGAUGACGAUCAAGCUCUGCAGCAAUUCGCCAGUUAUGAAGAUCCUGUCGAAGCGCUCACAGACGAGUGUCGUCGUGUACUGAAGGCAAUUUCCUCGACAAACCAGUCCCACGUCUCUAAUGCCAAAACGUCGACCAGUCUAGCUGAUCCUUCGUGGUCCAGAUUCGAGGACAUCGGAUUCGGCAGCUCCCUUGAGGAUGACGAAGAUGACAAUGAUGAUGAUGGACUGCUCGGAGCAAAAACUCUUACUUCUAGAUCUUUGCGUCCUUCGGCUCGCACGAGAGGUUAUGUCGAUCUAGCCCGACCUACUACUCCAUCAUGGGCGGAUUUCCUGUCGUCUGGGUUUGCAGACGAGCAUGGCAAUAAAGCCCCGGUGCCUAUUUUUCUGCCACCUGAUAAGAUUCUCCCUCCCAUCCAAUCAACGAUGCUUCGAGGCCAAAGUUCGCAAUCGCAUCGAAGGAAUCUGGACCACCAGCCGAAUCUCGACCCCGGUGAGCUGGCAAGCAUCACUAGAGUGAACGUAGAUGAUUCUUUCUGGUGGGUCUGGAUCAGCAGUUUGGCAUCUGAAGAACCGACCUCAAGAAAAGCCGUCUUUGGUCGUUGUGCUCUCGUUGAGACCAUUCUCCCUGACGGCCAAUGGAUGGUCAUGGAGGAACAGGUCAAAGGUGCAGCACCCGAACCCGCAGUAGGAGCCUACAUUGCCGAGAAGAAGUCAUUCUUGGGUUUCACCACCAAGCGAGGCCGUUUGGGCAGGAGACGAUCUGGAAGCAAAAAGAGUCCUCUCUCUCCAGAGCCGCAACUCGAAACUAACCACAGAGCAACUCUGGCUCCUGACCAGCAAGCAAAGAUCCGACAAGUAGCCGCGGAGCUUUCUAGAAGAAAACAAGUCGAAGAGAGGGAAGAACAAGCCGCAUUGGCUACACGACGAGGACGCCCCCAAGAUACUUUGGCCCCCUCCAAGACCAACAGUAUCUUCACCCUCGGUCCAUUCAUCAAGGAUGAAGCUUCCCCAGCCCUACAAUGGGCCAACCAGUAUGACAAGAAGGCCAUCCGGGCUAAGUACCUGGGUGACUCCCGGACCGGAAAAGCCUCGCAAGGAGUGUUGUCCACUCCUUCCGAGGAUCUUGGGAUCAGUAGGUCAACUUCCACUCUUUCGGUAGUGAGUAGGAAUAAGGACCUACCAGCGCCACCGUCGGAGAGUGGCUUCCGUCCUGCACCCCUGGAAAGGAGUCGGUCGGCUGAGCACAGUCCAGCAAUUGCAGCAGCGCCCGUUGUCAUCGAACCAGUUGUGGAGCAAGUCGUUGAGCCAGCUCCUAUCCCCGUCGAGCCUAAGGUGCCCGUGGAGGAGACGGCCAUUGAAGAGGCUUCAGAAGUCCCUCUCCCACCUGCAACACCAGAGAUAUCGGAGAUGCCAACAAUCAAGCGGCCAGAGAUACCAGAGAGGCACGUUUCGAAGGAGGACGAAAUUCAAGAGAAACAAGCCCCGAAGCAUCAGCCUGCCAGAUUGCGCAAAUUGUCUGACGUGCAACAAAAGUCUACGGAACAGAGGAAGCCAAGGGGUAAGAACCCUAGUGGGCCACCUCCGGUUCAAAAAACGGGCUUUCGCAGAUUGUUUGGACCUAAGAGAUCCAAGUCAAGAGAAGGUCGAGUGCCCGAGCCUUCUGGCUCCCCUGCUAGUGCAGAGGACCCUGCUGUUGCUGCCGCACGACGUGCAUUGGAGGGAAAGCCUGCUCUGCCCGCAGAUGCCCCUACUUCGCCACCAUUAAGCCCUGGCCACUUCCAUCGUCUUGCGACCAUUGCACCGGCAGCGACAAGCUCUUUCACUCGAAGUGAGCCACAAGAGGCUGCGCCUGUGACGGCAUCUCAAGCACCGCCUGUGGCCUCAGAGCUUGCUGCUGAAGCUGAUACCCUUUCUGAGGAGGCGAUCGUACCGCCCAGGAUGCGUAGGGAUGAAGAAUACGAUCAAUUGUCGCGUGUGGACACCAACGAGCGUGAACAUGCCGACCGGGAGUUUUCGACCUUUGAUCAAGGGCCUCUACUGGAACAACCUGCAUUUGUUCCUGCAGACACGCCACCUAAAAGCGCGUUUCUGACGCCCAAGGAAGAAAGGGGAUAUGGACCAGUCAGUAUUCAUUCCGGUCGGUCAUUCCAGGGUGCAGCGAGCAUGGCAUCGGCGGAAGAAGAUGAAGAAGAAGCAGAGCAGAUGCCAUUGACACAUCAAGUGAGCCCAACCGAUCGCUGGGCACAGAUCCGAAGAAAUGCCGCCGAACGAGCAGCGAGGGGGUCCGAAGAGCAGACGAACAGAAGUAGGACCGAGACUCGAACCGAUGACGGCGAAACAAGCGGAGAAGAGACAAUUGAAUCACGAGUGGCUCGAAUCAAGGCAAGAGUGGCCGAACUUACCGGCAACAUGGACGGCGCGAGACGGUAA